CCUGCUGAGUUCUUCCAGUAUUUUGUGUGUGUUGCUCAAGAUUUACAGAAUCUCUUGUGUCUCUCUACUUGACAAGAUGUCGUUAAAAAUAGUAGAAAGGACAAUCCAGGGAACUAUAGGUCGAUCAGUAGUCGGAUAAUUAUUGGAGGGAAUUCUAAGGGUCAUGCUGUAAUCUGCCAGUAUUUAGAUAGACAGUAUCUGAUUAGGAGGAGGAUAAGGUUAGGACUCGCUGAGCCGGCACCUUGUUUGGGAUAAAAGGCCCUUAUCCAUGUUGUGUUUUUCUAUGACUCGAUUACCUCUAAAAAGCCGUUUGAAAGCUUCAUUGGCCGUUGCUAAUUGAUAACAAUUCUCCUUAGAGAUAAUUGUAUAACGUUAUCGAAAUGUUCUUUAACAACUGAUUUAAUUGAAACUUCUUAAUUUUUAUUGGAAGUUCCUCGUUUAUUCUUGAGGUCAUUCAUUUGACCAGAGUGCAUCGAGCUUCGCUAACGAAGUGCAGAUGUAACUCAUUUACACCAAUUAACAGUCAGCAAUAAAGGGCACUGCCGGGGGGGCAGUGCUUCACAAAUUUAUUGGGGGGGAGUCUCCCUCAAGUAAGAUGCCGUCGCCGAUCCCUGUUCACCGAAUUUUACCGAAAGGAUUUCCUCCUGCCAUUACUUUGCGAGCAUGUAGCAGUCCCAAUCAGCUCCAGAGAAGACAGCAUUUCUCUUUCGUGAAGCAAACUAAGGAGCUGCCGCAACGGCCUUGGUAUACGGUCAUUUGGGAUGAAUUAAAGCUAUUCGACCUUCUGGGCUCGGGAGGCUUCGGCUGGGUUUAUAAAGGAACUUACUACGGUAACACUGUGGCAAUAAAGAAAGUAAGAAAGUGCACCAAGAACAAUCUGGCCGCUAGACAGAGUUUCUGGGCGGAGCUGAAUGUCGCACACCUGGUGCAUGAGAACAUCGUGAAAGUUGUAGCAGCCACCACGUCUGUCCCCGCGAGUCCGCAGCUCGAGGAUUGUGUGGGAACCAUCAUCAUGGAAUACGUAGGAGGAGCAAGCCUAGACCAUCGGAUUUAUAACAGUGCCGAUUCACUAGAGGUCGGAGAAUGCCUGAGAUUUUCGAGUGACAUUGUGAGCGGACUGAGUUUCCUCCACUCUCUCAGCAUCGUCCAUCUCGACCUGAAACCAGCCAACGUACUCCUCACAGAUUCGGGACGCUGUAAAAUUGGUGACUUUGGUUGUUCUGACAAACUGGCGGCCAGCAAUGACUUGAGACCCAAUGGCCAAUUGCGGCAUCUGGGAGGUACCUACACCCACCGGGCGCCAGAGCUGCUGAGGGGCUGCAACGCCACGCUUAAGGCGGAUAUCUACUCUUUCGCCAUCACCCUCUGGCAGAUGGUGAGCAGAGACCACCCCUUUUCUGGCGAUCGCCAGUGUGUAAUGUACGCAGUAGUGGCUUACAACCUGCGCCCUCCCUUCUCUCCUGUUUUCAACGAGACUUUGAUGGGCCGUAGGAUUCGGUCUGUCAUUGAUGACUGUUGGGCGGUUGAGCCGAUUAAUAGACCUAGUGCAGAACAAUUGUUAGAAACUAUUGUUAACUUGAAGUCUCUACUAUAAAAUAUCGUUUUAGAAAUGUGUAAUUAAAAUAUGCUCAUUCACGUUUUCUG